AUGGAUAUCGACGCUUUUGUGGAUCCGAUUUUUCCAUGUGAGGGUCCUGCAAAAGUCGCCAAAUUAAUUAGGGUGAACGAAAAAGGGAAAAGCCAGAGGAGAAAAAAGGACUUAAAAUCAAACAAAACAACAGAUACAGAGAACCCUAAGCCGUCAACGUCUUGUAAACCUUCAACGGAGCCUGGCGAAGAGGAGUCCGAUCCACAGGAUACGUUGAAGUGCCCCAAUGCUGUAGUCUUCGAUGUGGGGACCGGAUACUUUAAAGCAGGUUUCGCUGGAGCCGGAGCGCCCUCGUGCAUUAUUCCGAGUGUUUUGGGUCUGGCGCACCCUGGCCAAUCAGAUUACAAACUCGGCUGUGUUGGGAGCGAAAUCCUUAACAAGCUUGACAUGUCGCACAUCCAGCCGGUGCACAAUGGCAUAAUAACAGAAUGGGACGCCGUGGAAAGACUGUGGGAAUACGCAUUCGAAACUUUACGCGUGCCAAGCGAGGAGUACGCCGUGCUUUUAAGUGACCCGCCUCUUAGUCCGCCCACCAACAGAGAAAAGUUUGCCGAAGUUAUGUUCGAGAGAUUUAGCACUCCAGCAAUAUUCAUCGAAACCCAAUCAGUUCUAUCCAUGUACUCUUAUGGUAGGACAAGUGGACUGGUUUUGGAGUGCGGACACGGAUGCUCUUACGCAGUCCCGAUUGAUGACGGCUACUACAUGCCAAGUUGUACCUCACGCGCAGAAUACGCGGGGCGAAGCGUUGAACUCUACUUACAGAAGUUACUGCAACAGUCUGAAAAACACGUUUAUUGUGACAAAUUAGGACAAAUGGAUGAAAUCAAGGUAAAUGCGUGUUAUGUGGCCCCUGACGUAGACACUGAGUUAAGAAAAAACGACACUGCAAUGCAGUACACGCUUCCAGACGGAAAUUCUGUCUCGUUGGGAAAGGAGCGAUUUCUUUGUCCAGAGGUGCUAUUCCAGCCAAGUUUGAUUGAGUCCCGCGAGCCAGGUCUACCCGUUUUGGUCAUGAACUGUAUUAAUAAAUGUGAUAUCAACCUUAAGAGUGACAUGUUACACAACAUCCUAAUAUGCGGUGGCUCCACAAUGUUCAGGGGUUUUCAGGAACGGUUGCGGAGCGAGCUCAACCAGAUCGCGCCAUUCGGUGAGACCUCUGUCGUGGCAUCCGCUGAACGUAAGAAUGCAGUGUGGCUCGGAGGUUCGAUACUGGCCUCCUUGUCCUCUUUCCAGUCACUCUGGAUUGAUAAGAAAGACUAUGAGGAAAAAGGGCCCCUUUUCAUUUAUCAAAAAUGUUUCUAAAAGCUGCAUAGUGAAAUGUACCUCUGUGGUUGGCAAAUAACCGUAAAUAAACUACAUUGAAAGAUGGACUGAUUGCCUUUUAAAGUUAUAAUUGCCAUCCUUGUAGAUUUCUACUUGUGCAUUGUUUUACACUGCAUGUCUUCCCAUUUUAAAUCAAACGAAUAUCUGAUAAAGGGAACCAUUUUCACUCGGAAAAAUGUCAAGUUAAAGUCAUUCUUUAUUAAAGUGGACUAAAACUCCUUCACAAUGAGGUGAGAGACUAAUACAUAACUACAGGAAGUGUUUGGUUGCAGUCACUGUGUCAAAUAAGAACAUUUGGCUAAUAACUGAAAUGU